GACGGUAGUAACGAUGCCAGUUCUUCGCAAGCGAGUUGGGCUCGAGCGUCGCGAGAGUGAGAGAAGCUACCAACAGCCUGGCUCAUCCUGUAGUGUCUAGUGUAACGAGAUGACGGGCUCGUGGCUGAGACCCGCGUUCUUCGUGGGCCUCUUCCUGAGCUUCUUAGCCAUUGACUUGCGGGGAGUGCAAUGCGAAGAAGAGUUAGAAUCGAUACCACCGGAAGACCUUUGCCGGCCUUACAUCGAGAAGGCACUCAAGGAUCUCGGCACAGGAUCUUUGGAGCAGACCAGUGCAGAGGCCGAUAAUGUCAACGAGGAGGAGGGACGCGAUGAAGAAGGGUCGGCUAUCAGUGAGGAGGCCGACCAAUCGACAAAGGAUAAGGACGUAGAUCGAUUGGAGGACGAAACCGAUGACACCGAGGAGACGGAAGAUCUAUCUGAAAAGACCGAUGAGGUCGGCGUAGAAGAGACCGAAGAUGCGGAUAUUUUGGAGGAAGCCGAGGAUGAAUCGAUCAAGCUCUCUGACGAGGACGAUCAAACGGACGAAAUAAUAGACGAGGAGACGAAAGGAGACAAGAGCGAGGAAAAGGAUGAAGUGGUAGGAGAAGGGGAGGGGGAGGAAUCCGUUGAACCGAGAGAGGAAGAUCGAUCGGAAGAAAAAACGGCUACCGAGGAAGAAGAGCAAAGGUCUGCCGAAGUAGAGGCGAUUCGAUCGGACGAUGAUGAUUCGAUCGAGGCCGCCGCCACCGAGUCAUCCGAAGAGGCUCAUGCGAAGUCCGACGACGACAUAGACGAGGAAGAAGUCCACCAUACGGGCGAUGGAACUGCGUCGUCUCUUGGGGAAAAUGAGAACGAAGGAAAGGAGGAUAGUGCCGAUAAGGUAGAGCUCGGAGGAGCGGAGGAGGAGGAGGAGGAGGAGGAAAGGACGGACGAUAAAGAGGCCGAUGCCAAGGAGGAAGGUUCUUUGGAAAAUGAAAAGUCGGACGAAGUCGAGACGCGAGACGAGACCGAGAUCGGCGAAUUAUCGAAAGAAGCGAGCGAGGAAGCGAGCGAAAGAUCCGACGAUGAUAUAUCCGAAAGUGAUAAGGAAAAUGACACGGGCGAUUACGAGGGAAAAAUUCAGAUUGUAGACGAAGAAGAAAAUGCAAGCGAAGAGGAAGGCAGUAAAGAGAAGGACGAGAGCACGUUAGAGACGACGAUUAUAUCCGACGAAGAAACGUUGGAAAUAGAAGAAGAGAGGAGCGAAGAGAAAAGUACGAAAAGGCAAGAGGAAGAGGGACAGGGAGAAGGGGAAGAAGGAACGAAAGAGAAGGAAGAGACAGUCUCGUCUCGUACCAGACGAGAAGCUUAUGACGAAAGCGAGGAAAAAAGACCGUUAGAAAUUCUCCAAGAAGAUAAAAGCGAAGAGGACGAGGAAGUUAAAAGUGAAGAAGAACCGAGCCCCGAGGAGGAUUUGAUUCGAGAAAUACAAGUGCCGGAAAAUCUUCGACCGCGCGAUCACAUCAACCAAUUGUUAAAAUUAGACGAGGAAAAUGAAGAAAAGGAGCGUGCCAUACAGAAAGUUUCUGACGUUGUCUUGAGAGAUUUGAAGAAGCUCUACGACAACGCGAUUCAACCUUUGGAAACGCUCUACAAGUACAGAGAUCUCAGUAACAGACACUUUGGAGAUCCCGAGAUAUUUUCUAAACCGUUGGUACUCUUCAUGGGUCCUUGGAGCGGUGGCAAAUCUUCCAUCAUCAAUUAUUUAUUGGACAUAGAGUAUACGUCGAUCGCAUUGCGGACAGGAGCUGAACCCUCUCCCGCCUAUUUCAACAUCCUAAUGUACGGCGAGGAAGAAGAGGUUCUAGAUGGUACGCAAUUGGCCGCCGAUUGGACUUUUUCUGGAUUACAAAAGUUUGGCCAAGGGAUGCUGGAUCGUCUUAGAGGGCUGCGCUUCGAUAACAAGUUACUCGAAAAGGUCAAUAUCGUCGAGAUACCUGGGAUAUUGGAGAUACGCAAACAAGUUCAAAGAUUGUUUCCGUUUAACGACGCGUGCCAAUGGUUCAUCGACAGAGCGGACAUUAUUUUCUUAGUCUACGAUCCGUCGAAAUUAGACGUUGGACCCGAAACAGAAGCGAUUUUGGAUCAACUCAAAGGCCGUGAAUAUCAAACACGAAUUAUUCUCAAUAAAGCUGAUCAAGUCAAACCGGAAGAACUUAUGAGAGUGCAAGGUGCACUCAUUUGGAAUAUAUCUCCGUUAAUGUCUAGCGCUGAACCGCCGAUAAUGUAUUCCACUUCCCUGUGGUCUUUACCUUACGAAACUGGCGCACCGACCAGGCUAUUGUACGCGCAAGAGCGCGCCUUCCUUCGAGAUUUGCGUUCUGCCAUUGACAAAAGGGUUGAACAUAAAAUAGCCAGCGCUAGGAGAUUUGCUGUUCGCGUAAGAAAUCAUGCAAAGAUGGUAGAUUGCUACUUAACGACAUAUUACAAUCAUAAAACCUUUUUCGGUAAUAAGAAAGAGAUUAGUGACAAGAUCGUUGAAAAUCCUCAAGAUUAUCAUAUUUAUGAAGGCUUGAGUACUCUUACCAAUAUAUCACGUUAUGACCUUCCCGAUCCAGACGUUUAUCGGGAUUUCUUUCGAUUAAAUCCUUUAUAUGACUUUCAGCUUUUAAGUUCAACUUGCACUUAUUUCCGCGGUUGUCCUAUAAAUAGACUUGACGUUGCUAUUGCAUAUGAUCUACCAGAACUCGUUGGAAAAUAUAAGAAAUCUGUAGAAGUGGUGAUGCAUGAGAAUGAGGCUAGUAGCCCAUCCAGUUGAGUACAAAUGCACCUUCUAAAUGAAAUUCUUUCUACCAUGUAGAGUACAGAAUAAUGGCUUAUUUUCCUUUUACUCUACGUCCGAAUAGAUAAAAUGAUAAAUUAAGAUGAUUGUGCACAAAUACAGUAUUUUUCACAACGACAGGAGAAAUCUGCUCCCAUAAUUAUGGAUUUAACGACCUACUGCUACAAUUUAUUGGGAGUAGACUAUGCUCGGGCAUUGUGCUGGGAUAGAGUUAUAUACGAUCGAAAUGCACAUCACUGUACAUUCUCUAUAAAGAAGAUGAAUAACGAGAGAAAGAGAGAGAGAGAGAGAGAACGUAUGAACGAACGAGAGAGAGAGAGAGAGCGAGCGAGCGAGCGAGCGAGAGAGAGAGAGAGAGAGAGAGAGAGAGAGAGAAAGAAAGAGAUAUUUUAAGCAAGCGUCGAUGCUGCAAACAAAUGUGUUUUAAAAGCCACAAGAUUCAUAAUUUAUGAAGACAACUUAUGAUUAUCCCAACAUGUUUUUCAUUUCGAUUUGUUUAGAGCGAUCUCAGCAGUUAAAUUACUAACUUGCAAAUAUCUCAAACAAUCUCCUCUUUUAAAAUUAUGCUUGCACCUGGAAGAUAAUGCGAGUGUUAUCAUUCCGAUAUAAGAUGAACAGUAAAAGUUUUCCUUCAAUGUGUUCUAACAUUAAAUUAUCCAUCAUCAGAUUAGCAGAUGCACAUUUCAUAAUUUCAACAAAUGUCCUAUUAACAAUUUGAAACAAGUAUAUAUACGUAGUGAAUUGAACAAAAAAGGCAGACAAUUUAACUUAAAAGAGAACAGAAUACACGGUGAACUGUAUGCAUUAAAAAAAAAUGAUAUUAAACUAUGAGCAAUCCAUUUACUAAAACUUGUUCAUAAUACUUAGUAAAGAGUAUAAUUACAAAUAAUAAUAUUUCCAUUGUAAAAAAGGAAAGAGAGAGAGAGAGAGAGAGAGAGAGAGAGAGAGAGAGAAGAAAAGCAAAAAUCCAACGUCUGCAAUUAAAAGCAAAAGAUAGCACGUUACAUUUCCAUAUAUCUUCAUCUCAUUAUUUCAUAUUGCACAAUUUUCAUCUUUUACACAAUGCUAAAAUGAUUGUUAUUUAGUUUAUUUACAUAUUUUUCAUUGUAUGCAUUUUAUAUGUAAGAAACCUAAAAUGAUUGAGAUACUGCUUCGAAAUUGAUGAUCGGUCGUUACCGUCUUUAUCCUUACCCAUAUGAUAAAUUUUAAGUUACUUGUUGGCGCCAUACUGACACAUAAUCACACAAACCAUUGACUUAUUGUUAAUAUACGAAUUGUUGGUGUUAUUAUGAUUAUGAUUAUGAUUAUGAUAAUGGUAAUGGUAAUAAUUAUUAUUAGUACUACUAGGACUAUUACACUAGAGAAACAGCAAUAGUAACGGCAAUGGUAACAACACAACGACAACUACUGCUACUACUAUUGAUACUAAUAAUGCUACUAUUGCAGCUACUACUGCUGAUACUACUAGUACUAUUAUUGUCGUUAAUAUUAAUAUUACUGUUAUAUUAUUUCAGUUGUUGUUAUAGGUAUUAUUGUUCCAUAUUAUAAGAUACAUCGGAUAAAUUAGAUGACUUAUUUUGCAAAAAUAAAUAUUUCUUUCUAAACA